AUGAUCAGACGGCCCCCAACCAUCAUUGUCCUAGAGGAGAAUGAUGUUGAAUCUCACCUCCAGCGGAUCUAUAUCCGUCAUACACUGACAGUCGAAUUCGAGCAGCUGCACCUAGACGAUGAGAGCUGCGAGGAAACGGACCCAUUUCCCAGCUCGUGUGUCUCUACGGAAUCUGAUGUAGGCAUUGAUACCACAGGCUUAAAUCAAGAAGGAUCGUGUUUUGAGCCUACAUCUCCAAGAGACAGGAGUUAUGCUUCUACAGAUGCAAUUCCACACACUUCCGUGACAAAAUCAUGCCUCAAAUCCCCCAUCUCAAACCAACAGUCCUCGUUACAAGUGACAAUUUCUACUGGGGUGCACUCGCAAGCAGAUCGGUCUGUUGACCCACCGCGACUGAAAGUGAAAUUUGCUCUGUCACCGCGAGAACUGGAACUCCAUAGCGGCAAUGCCCCUCUUGAAGAAGAAACAGAUCGAAAUCAUCGCGGAGAAAACCACCGAACAAGCCACACAGAUGCUAUAUAUACACCCAUGUCUAUUGACUCGCCAGCUUCGACGCCGCAGGUUUCAUUCUUGUCGUGUGGUGUGUCGUCAAGUCCGGCCACCGCAAGUGUCCCACCCCGGGACCUAAGCUUAGCGUCCACUAUGUCUUACGAGGCAGUCUUGGCCGAGGGGGCAAUCUCGCCAGCUAGUGCGGCCAAUAGCAUUAGUGAGGACCAUGACUCUCACACGAAAAUCGUCAUCUAG